UGAGGAUGCGCAGGUAGGAUAGACAGAUGGAGAUUUUAGCAAAGCUUAGGGCAUUGAUGCAGAAGACCUGCGAAAGUAGAUCAUAGUACAUGGCUGUGACGGCGUCAUGCUUCGGGAUGUAGACUAGGUGACGUCCCAGUCCUUUGUCCACGGCGACAAAAUCGAAGACAGUCGCUAUUAAGGCUUGGACCAAGGCAAAUAUCAUGAGGUAGUCAUCCCAGCUCAUGCGAGCAUAUACGCUGCGAGCCACACCCCGCAAGGACACCACGAUGAAAGCGCAUACGAAGGUGACGGUUGUUCCGACCAGGAGUCGGUAGCCGAUGCUCACAUCAGGCGGCCGGGGGCCUGCCAUUUUGUCCAUCUUUUACAAGAGUCAACGAGUCAGGCAAUGAAGAAAGCAGAGAAGGAGAAGACAGGUGAGGGGUCAGUUCGGCUCCGAAACCCUGGGUGUCCACGCUUUGAAAAAGAAAAUGUCUCUUGGGCUAGCCAGCGCGUGGGCGAAGGUAUUGCAUGGUUGUGACUCUGGUCGUUGGCCCCAUUGCAGGCAUGUGCAUACGGCGUCUCCGGUAUCUCAUGAAUACGGAAUCAAGACCGGAUGGUCAUGCAGGAAUACGAAGAGGGUGUCACACGUUGCGAGUAGGAGAAUUGACAUUCUGCACCCUAGUCUGGGCAGAGAAUAUGCCUCCCACUGCCUAGGGACAGGAACAGAAAUACGAUAGUCGAUCUGUCGCACGAACCUCCUCCUACCCCUGCCAUGCUGACGGGGAAUGGCUUAUAAUAACCUCUGGAUAUUGCCAUGCUUACUGCGCCUCUCACCACCAGUCACUUUUACAUGGGGCUAUUGGCAUGUACAUUUCACUUAUGCCGACUUGCAUUAGUGGGACAGAUUUCGGGGCAAAAAUAGCAAUGAAAGCAACUGCCAUGGCGUCCGGACGUGGGGGCCAGUCGGACCUGA